AUGGAAUACAGUAUCGUCCAAGGAAAAGGCGUCGGUGACAUGACGACGAGGCUCGACCAGUCCCACCUUCAUGGUACCUUCGUGGAAAUGAAGUCCUUGAACGGGUUGGUGGUAAUCCUGCUCACAAUCUUCGCCGCUUAUACAUUGAACAUGCUAUACUUCCAUCCUUUGCAUCAUGUGCCUGGACCCAAGUUGGCGGCAAUUACCAACUGGUGGUCAUACUACUAUGAGUUGAGCAAGGCAUUCCCGGAAAAGUGUGUUGAGUUAGCCGAGAAACACGCCAGCAGCGUCGUUCGCGUGGGUCCGAACAAAGUCGUCAUCCACGAUGUUUCGCAAUACGACAAGAUCUAUCGCUCGGGGUCAGACUAUGCGAAGGACCCAGACUUCUACCAUCUAUUCCCAAGCGCAAGUGAAGGAGGAACUGCGGUCACUGCCACUGACAAGCAAGUGCAUAAAGAACGCCGAAAGCAGCUCGCUGCAAAACUGUCUCGCCAAAACAUCACCUCAAUUCAGGAUCUGGUCAACGAGAAAUUGUACAGCAUAGUUGAGAUUUUCGGCAAAGCAGCCACCAAUGGCCGGAUGGUCAAUGUUUUUGCCGCAUGGCGAAGCUUCACUCUCGACGUGAUUUCAACUUUCGCAUUUGGACAGUGCUUAGGCGCUCUCGACCGCGCGAACUUAGACCACCCAAUGCUGGAUACAAUGAACAUUGCUGUUGCUGCCUUUUAUCAUUUUAUACGACUUCCCUUGAUUGCUCGAGUCACGUCAGCAAAGGCUUUCAUUCCAUAUCUUUCUAGAAUUAAUAGUGACAUGGCGGCGAUGGCAUCUUUCAAAAAGUGGGCACGGGAGUGCGUUGAUGGGUACGUUCCUGACACCAAAGUCCGCUAUCUUUUUGAUGGUCUUUUCAACCCUCCGUCUGGUACUCGGAAGCUGUCCAAAGAUGAGAUCCAAAACGAGGCUGAAGACCUUCUCAUUGCUGGGAGUGACACCACCGCGAUAACCCUGACGGUCGCCCUGGUCCACCUUGCUCGUCAGCCCGAUGUCUGGGAACAGCUCAAUGAGGAGCUGCGGCACCUCAUCCCUAAUCCUGCCACCAUUCCGAGCUGGGACACUCUUGAGACUAUUCCGCUCCUCGCGGCCUGUUUAAAAGAAUCUCUUCGAAUGGCGAGUCCACUUCCUGGGUACCUCUGGCGCGUUGUUCCUGCAGAGGGCCUGGCCACUCCAAGCGGUCACUAUCUGCCCCACGGAACAAAAGUCGGAAUGAGCACGUGGGUCAUGCAUAAUGACAAAGAAAUCUUCCCAGAUCCGCACGUGUUUAAACAUUCACGCUGGCUGGAUGGCGACUCCCCGGAGCUCUCGCGCUAUCUAGUGCCUUUUUCAAAAGGCUCACGCCAGUGCGCGGGCAUGAACAUGGCAUAUAUGGAGAUGUGUAUUGCCUUGGCAGUAACGUGUCGCCGCUUUGUCAUCAAGCCCCCUCCGGGCGACGUACCCGAGAUGAGACUUCUGGAGACCUUUGUCGGAGUUCUCCAGAGCGAUCUAUGUCCCAUUAUCUUUGAGAGACGUCAAGACUAA